CUUGACUUAAUGUUAAGCCCAAUAGAAACACCUGUACAGUUUCAACAGGUGUACAGGUUUUGUAUAGGUGAGUUGAACAGGUGAGUUGGUUGUUGUUUUUGUUAGAAGGCUGCAAGCUUACUGGCGUUAGCUUCUCAUUGGGUCUGUUCCCGUCGCUCCUCCCAAAAAAUCUCGGAUGAGGUUGGAUGAGCUUGGAGGAGAGCCGUUUCAGAGGAGCCACGGGAACAUUUUCGCGAGGAAAUCAGCUGUUUGCGGGCUGUAACGGUCGGCGAUUUAUGGCGCGCAAACAUAAAUUAAGAUAUUAUAAUCGCUUUCUAAUAAAAUAACCUUAGAUUAAUAUCAAUCUCAUUUAUAAACAAUUCAAAUUUGUAUUACGUGCGCCAAAUAUGUCUACGCAAGAGCCUCCUCCAAAAAACCAACUUUCGUUUGGGAUGAGGGAGGAGGCAAAUAGUGGUGGUGAGAUGUGAAAUCAAGAUGAGCUUGGAGGAGCUUGGAGGAGCGACGGGAACGAUUUUUUGAAACGAGAGGAGGUUAGAGGAGCUUGGAGGAGGUUAGAGGAGCGACGGGAACAAACCCAUUGGCCAAAUUCUGGUGGUCCAAGUGGCUUACCAAUCUCAAUGAGAGGCUGAGAAAUUGAAAUGCCAGCAAAGGACUUCUCUGAUUGAAAAACUGGCAGCAUGCUGUUCAAAAAAGAAGACUGAGUCCAAACAGCAAACAGUGCUACCUACCAUUACCAUUGACUUAGGAGGCUAGCCAGAUUUUCUGCAAGUAAGCAUUGAUAAGGCAGCUUGGAGUGGAAUAGUGUAAUGUCUCAUUGAAGCAUGUAACUUGUAAGUGAUAGUUUGUUAAUUUGAAUUUUGAGCAUUUUUGGCAGCAUCAGGUAAAUUAAAAUGGAGAUACCUUACCUUACCUUAAUGGUUCCUUACCUUACCUUAAUGGAGAUACCUUACCUUACCAGGAGAUGGUUAACUCUUAAGUCAACUUAACAUACUCACACGUGGGGGUCAAGCUGAAGCAGUGAAUGAAGUCCUACUUGCCCUGAAACUAAGUCUCAAGUCAAGGACUUCAAUACAAAAAAUACAAGAACUUAUUUAAAUGGCUUGCUGGAAGCUGAUUAAUGAUACAUUUGUACCUGGUUCUCCCUCCUGAUUUUGCCUCAUCCUCUAUAGUCAUUUUUGUGUGCAAAGUUUUAACUUUUAUCUAAUAAUUAUGAUAAUUGCAUUGCCUGAUUGUGGUGCUAGUGUUGUCCAAAUACAUUGGCCAUGCUCUUCAUAUUCCAAAUACUAAUUUAUUGAUCAAACUUGGAAGUGAGAAGCUGGGGUCAACACUGGUGCGUUCGGCUACGAGCCGGCCGGAGACGUCGGUGGCGGCCAUAAUAGUGGCGGCCGACAUACCUACGUCAAAGCCGGCCGGAGACGUCAAAGUCGGCCCAGAGCCUGCCGAAACCGUCACGGAGCCGGCCGGAGCCAUCAGUGAUCAGGGCCUUUUACUCGAAUUAGAUGAAGACACAACUGGGCAGCAUGGUGACCUUUGAGUCAGGCGACAUCACAGAGGAGGAGGCUGCCCUCUAUGACCGGCAGAUCCGACUCUGGGGACUGGAUGCCCAAAAACGGCUGCGGUCCGCGCGCGUCCUGCUGAUACACAUGGGCGGCCUCGGAGCGGAGGUGGCCAAAAACCUGAUCCUGGCCGGCGUCAAGUCGCUCACCAUGCUCGACCCGAACCCGGUGACGUCUUCCGAGGCCAGCUGCCAGUUCUUUGUGCCUGCCGGACAGAUCGGAGCCAACCGGGCCGAGGUCUCGGUGGAGCGCGCCCAGCGUCUGAACCCGAUGGUCUCCGUCACGGCCGAGAAGACUCCCAGCACCGAGCUCACCGAGGAACAGGUGGCGCGGUACGAUGUGCUCGUCGCCACCGGCUGCCCCGACUCGGAGCUGACGCGGCUGAACGCGCUCUGCCGGCGACGCGGCGUCCUCUUUCUGGCCGGAGACGUGUACGGCUUCUACGGGUUCAUGUUCGCCGACCUGGGGCGCCAUGAGUUUGCCGAAGAGGUGCCCGUGCUGGCCCGGCCGGGUGGCGAGCCAGCGCAGAAGCGACCCCGCACCGAGCAGCCCGAGAGCCGUACGGUGAAACGCACACUGCAGUUCACCCCGCUAGAGGACGCUCUCGGCGUCGACUGGAACGCAGAGGACCGACGCAAAACGCUCAGGAGGACGUCGGACGUCUACUUCAUAAUGCGUGUGUUGCAGGCGUUCCGCGCCGAGGAGGGACGGAGACCACUGGCGACCUCUGCUGACACGGACGCCGCGCGGCUCUUAGCUCUGCGCGACUCGCUGAAGGGCCUGCCGACCGACAAAGUUGGAGAUGCGUUCACCAGCCGGUGUCUGGGAGAGCUGAGCCCCGCGUGUGCCGUGGUCGGCGGCGUCCUUGCCCAGGAGGUCAUCAAGGCCGUCAGCCAGAAAGACAAGCCGCUCAGCAACUUUUUCCUCUUCGACGGCUACAAUAGCGAGGGGGUGGUGGAGACGAUAGCGGCCUGAGGCGGCCGCGGCGGGCCGUCUUCUAUCGUCAGACCGAGACGCCGGUGGGUCCGCGGCCUCCGCGGUACUCAUCGCUAUCAUCCCUGUCCCUGUUCAUUGCUCGCCCCCUGUGUGUCGACAUCUCAGAAUACACCGUAUGCAUUCCUGA